AUGGCCUCCCACACCCGCGCCCCCUCCACCAGCAGCGGCCACGCCCUAAGCCUUAAAGUCCUCCGCCUCACCAGGCCGUCUCUCGCGACGCAGACACCGCUUCCGCUUUCGAGCUUCGGUAAUGGCUUGGAUCUAGCAAAAGAUGCUUCGGUCGCGUACCCAGGGGCUGACACUGGGUCUUCGUUCCCAUUGACGCCGCUGUUGACGCUACCGGAGGCAUUCGGGGCGGCGUAUGUCGGGGAGUCAUUCAUCUGUACUGUGUGUGCAAACUACGACAAGCCCGAGGCAGACGAAGCAGCGGGGGACGAAGGAAGGAUAGUCAGCGUAAGCGGUGUGCGGAUCACAGCAGACCUGCAAACCCCCUCCAAACCCCAAGGCACUCCCAUCUCCCUCUACGGCCCAGACCAAACUCCCGAAGACAGCCCGAACGGCCACGACCUCGAACCCGGCUCAACGCUCCAAAGAACUCUCCAUCACGACCUCAAAGAACAAGGGCAGCACGUUUUAGUCGUAACAGUCUCCUAUACGGAAACCUCACAUACCCCCGACGGCGCUAGCGGUGGCAGAGCGAGGACUUUCAGGAAACUAUACCAGUUCACUGCGCAGCCGCUCAUAGCCGUGCGAAGCAAGAUUACCGAACGUAAGCGUCGCGCGCCAGAGUCAGGACGGUCGUGGACGCUGGAAGCGCAGCUGGAGAAUGUCGGCGAGACGAGCGUGGUGUUGGAAAAGCUGUGGUUGAGCGAGCGGGAGGGUGUGGAAGGGAAGGGGUUGAAUGGGGAUGAAAAAGCGGAGGCGACCGUGUUGAAGGCGAGUGAUGUGGAGCAAGUGAUGUUUGUGCUGAGGGAGACGGGAAAGACGGAGGAGGGGGGUGGGCUGGGCAGGGUGCCGUUGGCGCAGUUGAAUGUUGAGUGGAGGUCUGCGAUGGGCGGGAAGGGGAGUCUGACUACUGGGUGGCUUGCUAGUAGAGGCCGGUGA